AUGGCCGGUUGUCUGACAGACCCGAGCCGGGCUCCGGUGGCCUUCGGGCAGCGGGCUGUCCCGCAGCUGUUCGCCGAGCUGCAGCGGCCGGAGGCGGGCAGGAGGCAGCGGGCUCUGGCUUCACUCUGCGACCUGAUGCACAACCCGGAGCGGGUCUACCAGGCCGUCAGGGGGGGUUUUCUGGAGCAGCUCGAAGUUUUAUUUAAGGAUGAAGAUCCAUCAGUGAGAACAACAACCUGCGAGCUGCUUCACAUGCUGACCGCCCACUGUGUCGGCAGACAGGCCCUGCUCUCCUCCGCCCUCCUGCCUCCUCUCUCUCAGCUGUUGGACGACUCCUCGUCCUCCUGCAGGAGGAGCGUCCACCGAGUGCUGAACCGCCUCAGUCUGCUGCCUGCAGGUGCAGACGCUCUCCUGACUCUGAUUCCUAAACUGAUGCUGAAGCUCAAAGAGGACGAGGAAGAGGAGGAGGUGCAGGUGCUGCUCCUCUCCACCCUCAGCUCCUGCUCCAGGCUGGACGCUCUGCCGGCUCUGGCCGCUGACGGUGUCUCACUGCUGGGCCACAAACUGUCCCAUCGCUCCCCGAACAUCCGCCGAGAGGCGGCUGCAGCCAUGAUGGCCCUCAGUGCUUGUGAGGACGGGAAGCGGCAGGUGUGUGAGGGGGCGGUGCUUCCUGUCCUGGUCGCUCUGCUGCGGGAUGAAGACAUUGAGGUUCAGGUCAACGCUGCAGGGGUCAUCAUGUACAUUGUGAUCAUCACCACAGGUAAGCAGCAGUGUCUGGAUCUGGACGUCGUCCCCGUCCUCCUCGACCUGGUGACUAAGAAGAAAGAGGAGGAGGAAGAGACGGAUGAGGAGAGGAAGAGGAGGAGGAAGGCCCUCCUCAUGUACUCCCUGCGGGCUCUAACUGGCCUGGCCGAAGCCCCGGGAGGCCGCCGCCUCCUGCUGGAGCAGCUCCCCCUGCUGGUGAUGAGGAGUGAGGCUGCAGAGGAGGACCAGGACAUCCGGCGGGCCGCUCAGACCGCCAUCAGGGUCAUCACCUGGACUCCCUGAGACACAGAUGACCUCUGACCUCCACAACAGACCUGCUGGGUUAGAUAAUAAACACAAUCAUCUACUAGAUUAGUAUUUAUUAUUGAUGACA